CACUCGAAUAAUCAAAUACAACGAUCGCGUUCAGUAUCUCCUUUAAAAAAUGGUGUGGAAAGAAACGCAUUACUGAAUGCAAUAACAUGCCAGCAACUGUACGACAGUAUGCAAGCGCAAAGUGUUCUUGUUAUGGAUUGUCGUCCGUCGAGCGAUUAUGGUGAAUCAAAAUUAAAUUAUUCAUUAUCAUUUAAUGUGCCCGCGGAAAUAAUACGAGAAGGAAUGUCUGCUGGGAAACUACAAGAUAAACUUGAUCAGGAAUCGAAAAAACUUUGGUCCGCUCGAGCUAUUAAGGACCAGGUAGUGUUAAUGGAUUGGAAUAGUUCCGCCGCGGAACUCAAAGAGAACUCACCUAUUCGCAUUUUAUUGGACAUACUACAAUGGUGGGAUCCCGACGUUGUCUAUCGUUCACCCAUACGCAUAUUGGAAGGCGGUUAUGAAUUUUUCGUUAUGGGCUACCCAACACGUUGUAUUAAUCCUAUGGUAGUGAAGCCUCAAUUAAGUUCCACCUUUAUGGAGUCUAGCGUACUAAUUGAAGAUAUUGAAUAUCCAUCGGUUAACGAUAUACAAUUAAAAGAUGAUAUUAUAGCUAAGAAUCAAUCCAACUCAAGCCUUAUCAUUCAUAAAACGUCUAGCAGUGGCCGUCCUACAGUGGAUAGAUCAAGUAAAUCGGCUGCAAUGAAACUCUAUGAUGGAAAACGGAAAACUAUCAACGAAAUAGCUAAAGAACAAGAAGUGCUGUUAGAAAAGGCCAAAGAAAAUGACGAGCAAUUAGAGCAAAUAGCUGAACAAUUUAAUUCAGUUGAUCAUAAAAAACAAUUGAUAAAUGGCGAAACGGAGAUGAUGUACCAAUUCAUGCAACUGGAAAGUGAAGCAGAAGAUUACAAAAACGAGAUCAAGCGCUUAAAAGCCGAAAUCCAUCAUUAUAGGCGUCGUGACGAGGAAGAAAAAGCAAAUUUACCAAUUCAACUAGUUAAAGAUGUAGAGCAAAUCGAGGCAAAAAUUGAAGAAAGAGAACGAGUAGAUGAGCAAAGAAAAAAAGAACGCCAACAGUUGGCCGAGAAAUUCGCCAUAGCUAAUAAAAAUAAAUGCCUAACUCGUAAUAAUAACUCAAAAGCACACUUUGAGGAAAACGAUCUGGAAGAAAAUAAGGAAAAUUUAAAACUAACUAUACCUACUACUAAACUGAAUCCGCCCCAAUUUGAUCGUUCCAUUAAACCAAAGCAUAGCAGCCCAGUUGAUACUGAGGAAAGGAUACGAAAUUUCUCACCUGUACCCGGAAAGGUGGGUCGGGGUUUAACCGGUUUAAAAAAUUUAGGCAAUACCUGUUACAUGAACAGUAUAAUUCAGUGCCUAAGCAAUACUCCGAGUUUAGCUGAGUAUUGUAUAACUGAUAAAUAUAAAAACUAUGUAAGUCGAAAUAAUAAAACAAGAGGAGAAAUUGUCGAUGAAGUGGCAGCCAUAAUUAAAAUGUUAUGGACGGGCGGUUACAAAUAUGUGGCCAGUAGAGAUUUGAAGUAUAUUAUCGGCCAAUAUCAGAAAAUGUUUCGUGGCUAUGAACAACAGGAUUCGCAUGAGUUUUUAACCAUUUUAAUGGAUUGGUUGCAUUCCGAUUUACAAACAUUAACACUCGAUCCUUUGAGGGAACCAAAGACCGCGUCCGAUAAAGCGUGGUUAGAUUUCACCAAAGCUAAAGAAAGUCUGAUUUUACAUUUAUUUUAUGGACAAAUUAAAAGCAUUGUUAAAUGUGCGGAAUGUGAGAACGAGUCGGCCACCUAUGAAUGUUUUUCAAAUUUAAGCUUAGAAUUGCCAGAAAACGAUAGCACAUGCGAUUUGGAAGAAUGUCUCGAUAUGUACUUCAGCGGUGAACGUAUACAUGGCUGGAAUUGCCCGAAAUGUGAACACAAACGUGAUGCUCUUCACGUCACAACGAAGCAUGCCAUUAAAAAACUUAACAUAGCUAAGCUGCCACCUGUAUUGGUCAUACAUUUAAAACGAUUCUAUGCUGAUACUGAUUCGCCAUGUCCCAGUUACAAAAAGAAAUUGAAUUACUUACGCUUCCCAUUGCAGAAUCUCGAUAUGUCGCCAUAUAUAACUGUUUCGGAAAGGAAACGCUCUACACCUACGCUAUAUCGUUUAUACGCCGUUUCAAAUCAUUAUGGUUUUAUGGAGAGCGGUCAUUAUACCGCUUUCUGCAAAAAUGAUGCACUUAAUCAUUGGUAUAAAUUUGACGAUCACAUGGUUACUCCUUUGGAUUCAUCAAAAGUUAUUUCAAGUGCCGCUUACAUACUUUUUUAUACGCGUUUAUCACCUCUGCAAGCAAUUAAUUGAAAUUUAUCGAUGCUUUAUAAUUUCCAGUUUUAGAAAUGUUUGUUAAAAACAAUCUUUGUUUUCUAUUAUUUAAAUUAACAUAUUCGAUUAAAAUAUUAACA